UUGUGAUUGCAGUAUCAACAAAUCAUUGGCAGCUAGCUAACGCCUUUGUCAGUGGAAACGGAAAUUGGUCACUGUCAUAUAAUGCCUGCUGUAUUAAAAAAAGUCGUAAUAUUUGGUGCAUCCGGUAAUACUGGAUUGGCUACGGUUGAAGCUGCUCUAAAAAAAGGUUAUGAAGUCACAGCAUUUGUAAGAGACAAGGCAAAACUUGGCCAAGUAACUCCUCAAAAUAUUAUUCAAGGUGAUGUUCUUAAUAAAGAUGAUGUCAAUAAAGCUGUUGAAAAUCAGGAUGGUGUUAUUAUUGCUUUGGGUACAAGGAAUGACCUAAGUCCCACAACAGUGAUGUCUGAUGGAACUAAAAAUAUUUUGGAAGCAAUGAAGGAGCACAAUGUGAAAAGAGUUACCUGCUGUAUUUCAUCUUUCCUUUUUUGGGAAAGAGAAAAAGUGCCCAAACCAUAUAUUCCUAUUACCGAAGAUCACGAGAGAAUGCUGCAAGCAUUAAAAGAAUGUGACAGAGACUGGGUAGCUGUGCUUCCUCCACACAUUGCUGAAGAGCCACCAAGAGGAAAUUAUGUAAUAAAAAAUGAAGCUGCUGUUGAUAGAGUUAUUUCUAAGUAUGAUUUGGCUGAAAUCUUAGUGAAUUGUUUAACUACUGAAGAGCACUUUGGCCACUAUGUUGGAAUUGGAUAUCCCCAGUGAUUUAUCUGGGUUGAUAUAAUUUCUUCAUUUAUGUUAAAGCAUAUUGGUUGCUUUUGUUUUGUUAUAGUUUGCUUUUGUGUGCAUAUAAAUUAGAUUUUUCUUUAUUUGAGAUACUAGUGUUUCUACUUUUGUUAGAAAUUGAUAUAUAUUUUGGAAUAGAAACAUUGAUUUAUUAUGGAUUAAGUCAAAGUAUAGAUUUUGUUUUAUACAAACAUAUUUUUCUAAAGAAAUUUAUAUAAUGUAUAUCACAUAUAAAAAUAUAUAUUUGUAAUAAAUAUAUAAAAUUAUUAAUUCCA